AGUGACACACACAUUUGCGAUGGUCAGUUACGGAGUUGGAGACAAAUAAAAAGGUUUGCGGAAACUCUCUCGUCGUCUUGCCAAUUCAAUUUUAGGGUUUGAGGAGAAGAAGGCAAUCGGCUCCAUAAAACCCUAAUCCCGUCACCUUGUGAAGAAGAUAAAAAAUCUGGAGAAAGCUAUGCCGUCGACGUCGCUGGCGAACGGUAGUGUCAACGGAAACGCAGGAGAGAGGUCGGAUGUUGUGGCUUCGACGGUGGGGGAUGAUAAGCCGGGAGUGUCGAUGAUGGAGCAGUUGGUUCCGGAGAUUACAACACACGCGCUCAGCUACUUGGAUUAUCCAAGUCUUUGCCGUUUGUCCAUGACCAAUUCCUUGAUGAGGAAAGCUGCUAAUGACGAUAAUGCUUGGAAGGCCCUUUAUCACAAGGAUUUUACUCUGGAGCAAGAUGGUAUAACCCCGGUCAACGGGUGGAAAGCAUACUAUGCAACUACUAGAGCUAUCAUCAGUGUGAAUACUGGAUUCUUCAACAUCAUCAGAGAGAGGUCUCUUCAAGAUAUGGCUCAAUUGUGGCUCAACUCCGACUAUGUCAAGUGCAUCCAUGCUUCUGGCGAACUUUUCUCUGGGUACAGUGAAGUGAUGCAAAGCUGGCAACUUUGUUUCAACUGGGAACAAGGGUUUGACUUUCAGGUCCACAACGUUCGUACUCGGGUACUAACCGACAUGGCUUGGGUCACAAUGAAAGCAUACCUGAACGUGGACGCUGGUCCGUUCCUCAUCACCAACGUGUUUGAGUACCACAAUGGGAGGUGGCACAUGGUUCAUCAUCACAGCUCAGUGAUGCUCAUCGAUGGCGUCAAUCAACAGGUUGUUCAUUGAUCAUUGAUAUCUCUAGCUUUGCUUUCUCCAUCUUUUCCUUUUAAGGGACAAAAAAAAAGAAGGGAGAAGGAAACCUGCGUAUUUUGGAAAUUGACUUAUUAGAUUAAUUAGUGCUAUUAUUUAAUUUGAAUGACAUGUACUCAAUGCUUAUUUUAAAUGGUUUGGUCUAAUUGCUUUCCUAGUUACCA